AUGAAGCUGAUGUUGAACCUGAAAACGGGUUUUGAACAGCGUCUCACCACGUGGAAAAGCAUGGACGACCCUUCUCCUGGAGACUAUGUCCUCGAGUUAAACAACACUCAGGGUCUCUCUCAGUAUGAAGUGGUGCAAGGGCAUGUAAAUAGCAAAAAAAAUCGAACGGGGCAAUGGAACGGAGUCCAAUUUGUUGGCUCCCCCAUUGUUCUAAGUCCACCUGCAGUGCCUGUGUUUGUGUACACUGAAAGUGAGAUCUCCUUCAUGUUUGAGGUUCAGGAAAGGCAGCUUUUCUCGGUAGCAAAACUAAACUAUUUGGGAGUGCUGCAGCUUUUAGUGGUGAAUAGAUCUAGAAGCGCCACGUGGAAUGCCAUGAUUGAGUUCCCUAGUGAUCCUUGCGAUAUUUAUGGCAGGUGCGGUGCUAAUGCCAUCUGCAACGGUAGUUUCUGUGAAUGUGUGAUAGGGUUCAUGCCUAAGUCGCCUGACGAAUGGACGGUCCUUAAUUUUUCCAGCGGAUGCAAGAGGACAAUACCCCUGAAUUGUUCAAAAGGAGAAGGAUUCUGGGAAAUUGAAAAUGUUAAACUGCCUGACCAGUUGGAGGUAAUGCUGUACAGGAGUAUGAGCCUCGAUGAAUGCAAGGACAAGUGCUUGAAGAACUGUUCGUGCACGGCUUAUGCUAUUUCGGAUAUAAGAGGACGAGGCAUUGGCUGCCUCAUGUGGUUCGGGCACUUGAUUGACAUGAGAGUGCUCGAAGAAGGGAACCACGUGCAAACUCUAUACGUACGCCAAUCAGCAUCUAAACUCGAUGCCAUUCGUGACCGCACCAGGAGGAAAAUAAUAUUAGUAACUUUCAUAUUGAGUUCUAUCAUUGGUGGAUUGCUUUUAGUCGGAACUGCAUUAUGGGGUGUUACGCACAAGAAAAGGAGAAUCAGGACUGGAGGUCUUGAAAUCACAAAAGAAGACAUCGAUUUACCAUUAUAUGAUUUUGCCGCUAUUGAAAGUGCUACGAGCAAUUUCUCUAAUGACAAUAUGAUUGGGUUUGGCGGCAUUGGUCCUGUUUAUAAGGGAAAUCUUCAGACAGGACAGUUAGUAGCAGUAAAGAGGCUAUCAAAGAGUUCAGGGCAAGGUCUUGAAGAGUUCAAGAAUGAAGUACUCUUGAUCGCAAGACUUCAACACCGAAUCUUGUUGGACUUCUCGGCUGUUGUAUCGAGGAGAGGAGAGAAUCUUGCUUUAUGA